AUGGAAAAGGCAUGCGAUUUACUAAAAGAAAGACUUGCUGGUAUUAAAUAAUUUUUGGAUUUAUCUUCUUAGGAUGAUUUGGAUUCAAAUAAGAAGCUCAUAAGUUCUUGUGUAGUUAAGAUGAAAAGACAAGAAAAGAUUAGAGCUCAAAAAGAAAACGAAAUACUAGAAGCUCUCUUUACUUUUAAAUCAGCAAGUAAGAAUGAAAGAAUCAAUUUUGAAAAAACAUCUUACGAGUUAAUGGUGAUGCUCUCUCCUUAGUUUGAAUAUCAAGUACAGGAUAAAGGGUUUUAUACAGAUAUUGCGGAAAUGUUCAUUGCAUAUUAUACUCACAUAAACAAUACUAAUAAAGUAGAGGAGAUAAAAGUCAUAAAUUAAAAUAAUAUAUAUCACAAUUUUCCAUUUCUUUGUAUGCUAUACAAAGGAUUGGUUGAGUUCUCAAAAAAAAUAUUUCAAGAAAAAGUCAAAAUAACACCAUAAUCGAAAGCAGAUCUCCCUUUAUUGUAAAAGAAAGAAAACUCCAAUUCUAUUAGUAAUCAAAGGAGAAAUGAAAAUUAAAUAGAAUAGAAAUUAUAAAAACCAAAAAGCUAAGACAAAUAAAAUAUAUGUCUUUAAUUGAAUGUCUAAACAUCUAAUUAGAUACAAGACUAUGCAGAUUCAGAUAAAAAUAUUUGCUAGCAAGAGUUGAAGGAGGAAUUAUUGUCUAAUAGCCAUGAGAAUUUAAAAAGUGGAGAGGAGAGCUUUAGGAAUCUGAAUUCUGUUAAUGAUUAGAAAAUAAGUAAACCUUAAGCUAUUCCAAUUAAUUUGAAUAGAAAAAGAGGUAGUUACUUAAGCAACUAAUGUGGAUUAAAUGUAGCUAGGAGUGAAACACCAGAAAAUACAAAAUUUACUGGAGGAGCUUACAGUUCAACUAAUUCCUCUUAGAGUGCAUCAGCAUCAUAAAUGUUUAAAAAAUAUUUUUCUUCAAAAAUAAGCAAUGAAUCUGCAAAUGAGGAAAAGAAGACAUUUUUAGGUCAUUAAAGAUAUUACAGUAAUUAUGAUAAAGAGAAGUUUUUAUUUUAUUAAUUUUGUGUUCUCCCUCCUACAACAAUACCACAGGCUAAUUUUUAAGGUGGAUUUAGCAAUGCUUAUUCUUCUAUUACUUCUUCAAUUUAAGUUAAUACUCCUAUUAAUAAUUGCAUCAUAUAAAAAAACUAAAUCCUUCAAAGCAAUAGUAAUAAUACUACUAUUUCUGAGUAAUAGCAACUGAUUUAAAAUUCUCAUUAACAAGCUUUAUCAUGUCCUUAAUUUGCAAGAAGAAACUAUUUCAGAAUAGUUAAAGAGGCAGUAGAGGAUGCAGAAUUUAUGGUAUUCAAAAGGAAUGAGUUACUUGCAAUGUAUUAUUACAAAAAUAUCGUAUCCCGUAAUAGUAAUAUAGCCAAAACAAUAGAUAAUUUUAGAAUACAACAUAAUACAAAAAAUUAAAAUAAAGCUGAAUAGAAAAUAACAGAAAAAUUGUAAUUGAAUUAGAAUAAAAAUGAAGGAAAUUAGUUUACCCUUCCAUAUCUAAAUGGUGAAUGUUCUCUCACAACACCAAGUAAUAAAAAUUAGCUAAAUAAAUCUAAAGGUAUGAAAAUAGAUCUCAACCUUAUUAAUAAUGGUUAGAAGCAAAAUGAUAUGUCUUAAACACCAGAAAAGUAGCAAUAGCUGCUUCCAAAUAUUACUGGCAAAUCUAAUUCUAAAAAUUUUUCAGAUUUCUUGGGAAAAAGAUAGAUUUGUACCAAUAACCAACCUGCUUUGAACUCAAUAUAAAAUAUAUAAAGUAUUUAUCAAAAUGCUAACUAAAAAUCAAUAAACACAAUAAAUCAAGGAAGAUUAGCUAGUUAAACUAAUUAAAUGAAAAAAAAUUAGAAUAAUAAUAAAAGUUGCUCAAAUGGAAUUAUUUGUGAAAGAAAUGCAGAAAUUUCUAAUGAAAAAAUCAAUUAUUAAAAGAGUGAGCUUAAUAAGAAAGUACAAAUUUCUGAUGAUAAUGAAGAAAAAUUAAAUUCUUACAAAAUUAAUGAUACUGAAGACAUAGAUUAGUCUUUUUAAGUAUAAGAAAAUUCUAAAGAAAUAACAGAUAAAAUGAUGCAAUCUGAGUAAAAUAAUCAAGGUGAAAUGAAAUUUCAUUUUAAUGAAAUAAAAAUUGAUAUUUAAAUGAAAUAGAACUCUGAUUUUUAACCAGAUAAUAAUAAUUAAUAAGUAGACUCUUUAAAGAAUAAAAAUGAUUAAAUAGAAACAUAAGAUUCUCUCAAGGAAAACAGGUAGCUGCUAGAUGAGAUUGAAGAAGAAGAAAAUACAAACAGGGAUUUAAAUAGAGAUAUAGCAAGCAGCAGCUUAGAUAAGCUUAAUUAAGAGCAACAAACAUAAUAUACAACACCUGAAACUCCUGGAUAAAAACCUAUAAAGCAAUUACAAUAAAGCAGUACAGAAGAAAAGAAAAUUGCUUAAAAGCUAAGAAAUUUAGAUUUUUUAGAAAGAAACCUAAGUAUUGGCUAGAACAAUUAAGAAAGAUUUAGAUUAGAAACAAGUUGUUCUGAUUUUAAAAAGCAAAAAAGGAGAUAAUAAAGCAAAUCAUAACACUAAGAGAUAAGAUAAAAUUAGUAAGUAACUGGUGCUAACAGUUAAUAAGAUAUGAAUUAAACUAUUUAUGAUAAGAUAAAGAUAUGUGAUGAUUUGAUAAAUUAAGAAAAAUCUAUUGAAAAUUAAUACUUUGCUAGGCUAUAAUAAGAUCAUUCGAUUGAAAAUAAAUAAAAUCUUAAUGAAAAUAGAAAUAACUCGAUUUCACCUUCAAAUCCUUUAAAAAAAAUAACUGCAUCCAGGCUUUAGAAGUUAGAUACAAGCAUGAUAAAUAAUUCCUUUCGUAGUUGCUCUAAAAAAAAACAAUUAGAACAUAUUUCAUUGAGUAAUAAGGAAAAUAUUCCAAUUAUUACAAAAUCAACAAGAAAUUCAAAUAUAGAAGAGGGUAGGAACUUAAAUAACUAAAAUAUAGGAGGAAUCUUUGACAUAAAGUAGUAAUUUUAGCAGUAAUUAAUUGAAGGAAGUUUAGAAGACAAAGUAUGUAAAUUUAAAUAAAAAAUAUUAGGAAAAAAUAAGACAAAUGAUAAUAUCUGCAGUGUAUUUGUUAAUAAAAGUAACAAAUCAUAAAGUAGAUAAAAACAAAAAUAUAUAGAAGAUUUGAAAAUUGAAGCAGUAACAAGCAGCAAUCAAAAGGAAUAAUUCAUCAAAUAACUGACAAAUAAGCUCUAGGAAGUCCUUACAGUAAACAAAGAUUCUAUAAAAAAAAUAGAGAUAUCAAAAAAUUAAAAUUAAAAUGACAUUCAAAAUGACGAAAGUGUAAAAUUACCAUAAUUUAAACAAGAAAAAGAUAAUGGAAAUAAAGUAGUAACCAACUUCAAUAAAAAUACACCUCAAGCUUCCUAGAAUAAAAAGAAUAUUACUGCUAAUCUAAAUACUUCGUAUGAAUAAACUGAUAGAAAAAAAUAAUUUUCACGAAAUCAAGGGUAAAAUAGAAUAAAUGAAAAAGAUUAAAGCUUAAACAUUAUAAAAGACUUUUAAUUAGAUUAAAUCACUCCUAUAAUAGCUCCUGCAGGAUCUUCUGAGUAUACAUCCCUAAAAAGUAAAAAUAAGUAAUCUUAUAGGUCAAAGUCAAUACAAGAUGAAGGUAUAAAUGGAUUUAACUAUUCAAAGUGCUAAGAUACAUAAACUAAAAACAUAGAUAAUAUUAUAUAAUCCAAUUUUACUACUAUUUCUUAGCAACAAUAUAUAACUAUAACAAAUCCUAUUUCAUAAAAUACAUCUAUAGAUGUAUCCGUAAAUGAAACAAAUAAGCAUUUAAUCAAUAACUAAGUAAAAAAAUAGAUGAAAUAAUCAUAAAUCCCAAAAACGCCUAAAAUUAAUUAGAAUUUAUCAACAAGAAAUGCCCAAUAAUAGUAAAUUACAAACAAUAAAGAUGAAUAAGAUAAUUCUAAAUAUUAGCUACUUUAUUAAUAAUCAUAUGCUCAUAAUGCAAAAGUAUCAAAUUUAAAAUGUAAAGAAUUUUAUAAUUUGUUAUUUUAAGGCUAAGCUUCUAAUUCUAAUACAUCUUAAUCUACUAAAUUACAGUUUGAAAGCAAUAACACUUCUUCCUAAUAAUCUUAUAUAACAGAUAACAAGUUAAGUAUUGAAACUCCUUAUAGUUCAUCUUCAAGAUACAUAAAGAGAAGAAGCCUCAGACUUACAUAUAUGGCAGGAUGUGGAGCAGCAGCCAAAAGCUUUUUAUCUACAAGUAAUAAUUAUGAAAAUAAAAUAGAAACUGAUUAAGUUUUGGUGUAACAAAAUUUUCAUAACUAAACUUAAAAUGUAAAUUUGGCUGCUAAAUCUGUAUUACCUCCUCAUUUCAAUGGAUUUAGUAUGUAGUCAAAUAAUAUUAGCAAUUAACUAUGUUAAGACGAUUCUUAAUCUUUUUGCGAUAAUCAAAUUAGGGAAAGGAAUAGCAUCAGUUUGAAUUAAGCAAUUAAUUCACAUAAUAAUAAAAAUACACUAAUAUCUAACUAAGAAUCACCAUCCUCAACUUCCUUUGCUAUAUCAAAUGCUAAAAAAAUUAUUAAUAAAAUAGCUUCAGAGUAACAAAAUGAAAUAGUCAACCUUUAAAAAUCUUAAUAUAAUAAAUUUAAAUCAAUUUUAUAGGACUACAACCUAGUUCAAAAAGAUGGAAAAAUAGUUUAACAAAAUUAAAAUAAGCUGAUUAAAAGUUCUUUAGAAUGA